CAUCAUAUCAAAUAUCCUAUCAGAAAGAAAUUAGGAUAUUGAAUUGUUAAAGUUUUCCAUAGUUCAAAAUCUAAACAUAAAAAAAUUCAGUCAAGAUUUAUACAGAUUUGUCUUUGCUUUCCUGCGGUGAUCAAACGACGCCGUUUACAUCGGCCAGGCCUUUAAAACGUUGUCGUUUUCGGGGGGCUCGAUCAGGCCGAAGAAGUUUUACGCAGAAAAGAAUCCAAUGAUCCAUUGAGAGUUGAAACGUGAGCUCAGAGAGAAAAAAUGGAGAAUCUAUGGCGAAUCGCGACGGGCCAGGACCCGAGCCCGGAGGAUUACGAAGGGAUCGAAUUCUGGUCCGAAGCGGAACGAUCCGGUUGGCUCACGAAACAAGGCGACUACAUCCGCACAUGGCGCCGACGCUGGUUCGUCCUCAAGCGCGGGAAGCUCCUCUGGUUCAAGGAUCCCGCCGCUGCAGGAGACCGCGGAUCCAUUCCACGUGGCGUCAUAUCCGUGGGCGAUUGCCUCACCGUCAAGGGAGCCGACGACGCCGUCAACAAGCCCUUCGCGUUCGAGCUCUCCACGGGGGGUUACACCAUGUACUUCCUCGCCGACAACGAGAAGGCGAAGGAGGAGUGGAUCAACUCCAUCGGACGGUCCAUCGUGCAGCACUCGCGGUCGAUCACCGAUUCCGAGGUCCUCGAUUACGAUCAUACUCGGUGAUUUUAACUUAACCCUAGAUGGGUUUUUUGUUUUUCCUCUUUGCAGUGGUUUCGGCAUCUCUCCUUAGGGUUUUGAUGCGUGACGUAAUCGUGUCGUCUGAAUUAUACCGCUUCUGUACUUUGACUCGUGUAUCUAUGCCUGGAUUUCUCGACGAUUCCCUUUGUUUAGAAUAGAUUUGUUCUAAUCUCUCUC